AUGGGGAUGCUUUGCUACCAAGUUGAAGGUUCGGUGGGACCUAAUAAUAAACCUUUUUACCUAUUAAUAGGUUGGAAGGUGAAGAGAAUGGCUGCCAGUCAAUUCUGUAUCAGAGUUUACGAAUCUGACGAGCCACCACUCCAAGGAAACAAACAACAAAAAGCUGAAUUUUGCAAAGCAACAUUUAAAAGACACGGACAGUUUACCGACCAACUUAUUAGUUGGCCGGAAUGUAAUGUGAAAAUUGGUAACAGAUUCAGAGUUCACGCUACCAUGUCCAGUGUUUCCAAGGCAAAAAUGAAAGUUUAUAUAACAGAACCCGACAAUUAUACGCUUUCCCAACCAAAUAAUCAUGGACCUCGCCCAAAAAGAUCUUUAUUUAAAAGAAAUUGA